UAAUAAAAACACAAAGAAAAAGUGAAAAACGACUGGGAGGAAAUUGUUGGAUAUAGCUUAAAAAAGUGAAAAAUAGGAAAGUAAAAAUUAUGGAUGAAAAAGUCACAUCAAAUUCUAUUCAAGAUACAAACAAUGAAGAAUUCACAAUACCUCAUGAAAAUUCAAGCACAAAAAUUGGUACAGAAGGAUCAAGCAGUGAUUCAUCCAUCACGGCUUGUUUUGCUCGAGACCACGAUGAUGACAAAAGCGCGGUUACAUCGUUAUCAAAACCUUCAAUUAUAUGCCGCAUUUGUUUAACAAAUAAUGAAUGUGAUAGACUUCUAACCCCUUGUCAAUGUAAAGGAACACAUGCAUUCGUACAUCGUCAAUGUCUCGAAAAUUGGUUAUCACGUUCAGGUCUUGAUCAUUGUGAAUUGUGCUUGUUUCGUUUUGCCACCGCAAACUAUUUGAGGUUUUCAGAUAUUUUGUUAUGCACGCUCCUCACAAUCAUUACUUUUGGUCUGGUGGUCAUUGCAAUGUUUGGAAUGUAUUUUAUGUCCGCAUCACCAUCAUCAUCAUCUGAUAUUAAUGCUGAGACCACAAAAUAUUGGACGGAGACAUCAAUUGUUGUAUUUUUGGGAAUUGUGAAUAUUUUUCAGAUCUUUGCAUUCUUGCUUAAUGCAAUCGUGGUCAUAAGAGCAAACUUAAUUCCAUGGUUUCGCUGGUGGCGUCGAUGCAAAGAAAUACAAUUAGUCAUUGAGAACAACAUUCACAGCAGUAUCAACAACAAUAAUUCCAUGUUAAAUGUCUAAUGAAAAUAAGAGGCGUAAAUGUGGAAAAAAUAAACAAACGAAAAUAAUAUGUUUUUAAUGAUUUGAUAAAGAAUGAUUGUAGUUGGAAGUAAUUAAUAAAAUAUUUUGACAUUUAAU